GAGAAUGUCAGGACCAAAUGACCCCACCCAAAUCCAGAUAUAUACCCACAAUAUCCGGUGCGAUACCAAUAACCGCAUGGACAACGAACAGCCAUGGUCAGAAAGGAAACACGGUGUGAUUGACCUAAUCCAACGAAUGAGCAUGGUCCUUCCUACUCUAGUCGGCCUACAAGAAGUGAAACACAACCAAGUCAAGGACAUACUCAACAUGUUGGGUCCGGAAUGGGCAUACUUUGGUGUCGGGCGUGAUGAUGGGGAGACCAAGGGGGAAUACUCACCUAUUCUUUUCAAAAAGAGUGACUGGGAGUUGUUAUAUGGCUCAACUUAUUGGUUGAGUGAAACUCCUGAUCGACCAAGCAAAGGCUGGGACGCAGCACUUGCCCGCAUCGUCACCAAGGGCAUAUUAAGACAUAAAGACCUGAACAAAAUCGUGAGUUUCUUUAAUACCCAUUACGAUCAUCGUGGUAAACAAGCUCGAGAAAAGUCAUCGCUUGAAAUCAUGUCGUUGAUGAAUGAUGAUUUGGGCACCAGUGUUCUAUGUGGGGAUUUCAAUAGCGAACCACAUCAUGAAGCGUACAAGACAUUAAGUAAGUCCUUAGUGGAAACAUCUCAAAGGUGUAAGGAGAGAAGAGGGUUUGAACAUACAGUUACUGGUUUUACUCUUGGUAAGAAAGAAUCAAGCAUUGACUUUAUUUGGGUGCCACCUAAUAUCCCUAUCAUUCUCCAUGAAGUGAUUGAUAACAACUGUAACGGUAUGUUAUGUAGUGAUCAUCGACCAGUCAGAGCAAUAAUUGAGAUUUAG